AUGUCUGGAGUCACCGAGCGCAAGAUCAUUCCCGUCAAGGGCGGUGUCGAUGAUUGGAAGGAGCCCCUGAAGGCAUACCUCCUUGCUCUGAAGACCCAUGAUGGCUACCUCCGCACUCGUUGGGGACCCUGGAGCGAGAACGAGCAGUACCUCGAUGUCAUCUCUGGCUGGAAGACGAGAGAAGCUCGUGAUGAGUUCUUUGCCUCCGCCGAGGGCAAGUCGGCCAUGGACAACUUCAAGACUGUCAUCAACGGCGAGGUCAAGUCAUACUUCAUCAAGUUUGUUCCCUACGCACCGAGAGGCGCCAUUGACUCCCCGAUUGCCGAGGUCAUUACAAUCAGCGGCUCGUCAAUGUCUGAGGAUGAGAUGAGAGCUCAGAUCGACAAGGCCCGCGGCAUGCCUGGAAUGAAUGACCUCGCCAGUGGUAUGUCGGUCGAGGAUGUCGACGGUGGCAAGGUGUUUGUCGCGGCUUUGGGAUGGGAGAGCGUCGAGAAGAGUAAGGCCGCUGACAAGUCUGCCUACGUGCCUGCUUCUGGAAAGACAGAGGUUCACCACGUCAACUUCCACUACCCCAUCAAGGGCUUCUCUGUUACCAACACCCACUAG